AUGCAGGAAAAAGUUGUAUUUAAGUUGGAUGUGUUUGACGAAAGAAUAAAACAGAGAGCUAUGAAAGUCGUAUGUGAGUUUCCAGGAGUUACUUUGAUAGACGUGAAGGAAAAAGGUAAACUAAAGGUGUCAGGAGAAUUCGACAAGUUUCAAAUGACGAAGAAGCUGAAGAAGAUAUAUGAAUAUGUUGACAUUAUUGCGCUUGAACGCGAUGGAGAACCGAAGCAAAAAUCGGAUCCGGCGAAGAAGCCUGAACUAAACCCUUUAUCAAAAAAAAAGAAGAAGCCUGAACUAAACCCUUUAUCAAAAAAAGAGAAGAAGCCUGAACCAAUAGUGAAGAAGGCCCCAUCUUUCCGUCUUUGGAAGAUAGGUUUCUUUUAA